CGGCAGUGCCCGCCCUCGGCCCGCGCCCCGCCGGCAGAGCCCGCAGAGCCGCGCCGAGACACCGCCCGCCCGCCGUGAGGGAGCGGCGGCACCGCCGGCCCCCUCCGCCCCUCCUCCUUCUCCUCCGCCUCCUCCGCCCUCCCCUCUGCCCCUCCUCCCGCCGGAGCGAGCGAGCGAGAUGGCGGCCGCUGGGGCUCUGGCGAAGCACGAGCAGAUCCUAGUGCUCGAUCCGCCCACCGACCUCAAAUUCAAAGGUCCCUUCACAGAUGUGGUAACUACAAAUCUUAAACUACGAAAUCCAUCAGAUAGAAAAGUAUGCUUCAAAGUGAAGACCACAGCACCACGUCGAUACUGCGUGAGGCCAAACAGUGGAAUUAUUGAUCCAGGAUCAUCUGUAAUUGUUUCAGUAAUGCUGCAGCCUUUUGACUAUGACCCAAAUGAGAAGAGUAAACACAAGUUUAUGGUACAAACAACCUAUGCACCACCAAAUAUUACAGAUAUGGAGGCAGUGUGGAAAGAAGCGAAACCUGAUGAGUUAAUGGACUCCAAAUUGAGAUGUGUAUUUGAAAUGCCCAAUGAAAAUGAUAAACUGAAUGAUAUAGAUGCAAGCAAAUCUGCCCCAGUCCUGAACACAUCUAAGCAGGAUGGACCGAUGCCAAAACCACAUAGUGUUUCACUUAAUGAUACUGAAACAAGGAAGCUCGUGGAGGAGUGCAAAAGACUUCAGGCAGAGAUUAUGAAGCUGACAGAUGAAAAUCGGCAUCUGAGAGAUGAAGGCUUGAGGCUCAGAAAGGUAGCGCACUCGGAUAAAUCUGGAUCACCCACAGCUUUGGCCCUCAGAGAUAAUGGCUCUAAUUCUCUUCCUUCACUUCUUGUUGUAAUUGCAGCCAUUUUCAUUGGAUUCUUUCUAGGGAAGUUCAUCUUGUAGAAAGAAUGAGUGAGAGAAGCAUGCAAAACUGCAGCUUCUUUUUUUUUUUUUUUUUUUGUUUUUGUUUUUUUUUGUUUGUUUUUUUGUUUUCUCUUGGCCAGAAAAAGGUUUGUUUACCUACCACAUCAUGGGUAGUAUGGCCCGAGCGGCCAUUCUUGUGUACAGCAUCAUAACAGGCUUUGCCUUUAAUGAUCUCACACGGUUAGAAAACAAUCUGAAAAGACAAACUGUUCAGCUGCUGGACAAAAUUGUACAUUCAGUCAUCAAUAGCAGGUAUGAGUUGCACAGUCAGUCCUUUAUGAAAAUUCAUAAAUAAAGAAUUGUUCUUUCUUUCUGUGGUUUUAAUAAGAAUUCGAAAAUUGUUCAGAGUCUUGUAAAUGUUAUUUUAAUAAUCCUUUAAAAUUUUAUCUGUUGCUGUUACCUCUUGACAAAUGAUUUAUUAGAUUGCUAAUCCCACUCAUUCAGGAAUAUGACAAGAGGUAUUCUGGGGGAAAUGGUGCCUCUUACUGUGUAAAUUUUCUCCUUACCUUACUUUGCUAAUAUCAUGGCAGAAUUCAGAAUUUCUUUCUUAUUCCUUGUGAGGCAUUGUUGAGAGUUCUUCAUCCUUAACAGUCCUGUCCCAUAAUAUUUAACAUGACAAAAGAAAUAAAAUUGUUAACAGAU